GUUGUUAUUGUACUGUUGUGAGAUAAAGGCCGGUGGAUACGUACAAAUGUGACAACCAGAAUCAUACGCGAGAAUCAUGAAUUUAUUUGGAAUCCUACUUUUGUCUUUUCUUCCAUUAACUACAGGUCUGUUGUGCAAGUGCACCUACUGUGGCACGCCUGGCAGUCAAACGCAAAAUGACACUUGUGAGACGGAUGGUGUCUGCAUGACCUUGGUCACAAGAGAAGCAGGCGAGGUCAAGGUCAACUACAUCUGUAAAGAAAAAUCUGCUUUAAAGCCGCUGAUGCGACCAUUUGUGUGUCAUGCAAGCCGCAAGAAGUUGUCAAGUUUCAAUGUGCAUUGCUGUGACAACAGUGAUAUGUGUAACUUGAAAACAAUCCCAACACUGGCUCCACCUUUAUCCUCAGAGGAAUCUGGUGGAAAUAGAAGUAUACAGAAAAGCUCAAGUGACCUAGAUGCUGUACAGCUGAUGGCGCUGAUUGCUGUUCCGAUAGUGCUUGUGUGUGCCCUCUUCCUGGCUAGUUUCUUCGUGUAUCAACAGUACCGGAAGACUCGUGCUCCUUCACACCACGAUGUGGAGCGUAGUAUGGAGACCAAUCCACUGGUUGCUGGGCAACCACCUUCACUGCACCAGCUCUAUGAUUGGUCACAUUCAGGAUCAGGAUCAGGCUUACCCCUGUUGGUCCAGAGAACAAUUGCCCGACAGAUUCGCCUGUGUGAGAUCAUCGGCAAGGGGAGGUAUGGAGAGGUGUGGCGUGGAAACUGGAGGUGUGAAAGUGUGGCGGUGAAGAUCUUCUCAUCUCGCGAGGAAAGGUCCUGGUUCCGCGAGGCUGAGAUCUACCAGACUGUGAUGCUGCGUCAUGAGAACAUACUUGGCUUCAUUGCCGCUGACAAUAAAGACAAUGGCACAUGGACACAGUUGUGGCUCAUCACUGACUACCAUGAGAAUGGUUCCUUGUUCGACUAUCUCAACAGACAGCCUGUCACCCCUGCACAGAUGAUUAAGCUGGCUCUGUCAGCUGCUAAUGGACUCUCCCAUCUUCAUAUGGAGAUUCUUGGUCAACAAGGUAAACCAGCUAUUGCCCACAGAGAUCUGAAGAGCAAAAAUAUUCUAGUCAAAGCAAAUGGCUGCUGUAUAGCUGAUUUAGGUCUGGCAGUACGCCAUGACUCCAAGACAGACCAAGUCGACAUUGCUCCCAACAACCGAGUUGGGACGAAACGUUACAUGGCACCAGAGGCUCUGGAUGAGUCCAUCAACAUGAACCAUUUUGAAUCCUUCAAGAGGGCAGACGUGUACUCAUUUGGCUUGGUGUUGUGGGAGAUUGCCCGCAGAUGCAUGAUCGGAGGCAUUUUUGAGGAGUAUCAGAUGCCUUACUAUGACCUAGUUCCACCAGACCCCUCCCUUGAUGACAUGAAGAAGGUAGUUUGUAUCGAGAAGCAUAGGCCGGCCAUUCCUAAUCGGUGGCAGACGUUUGAGGCCCUGCAUGUAAUGGCUAAACUGAUGAAGGAGUGCUGGUACCCCAAUGCUGCUGCUAGACUGACAGCACUCAGGAUCAGAAAGACACUGGCAAGUCUCGCUGCCCAAGAAGACAUGAAAGUGUGAAUCUGAUGUUACCAUGGUAACCGAUUGACUUUUGGACUGCAAAGACGCCGAGCCAAUGAGAACUUUCUCUACAGUGUGAUCGAGUCUUUAAUGUGUGUGUGUAACGGCAAGAGUGGAGAAUGUAGUACAGAUGACCAGUCCGGUGAAAAGACAAUGCAGUGGGAUAUUAGAAGAAUGUAUAUUCCUUUCAUGUAUUAUACAUUGUAAAAUUGUUUUAAGAGCCUAUGUUAUCAGUACGCAUCAAAUCAGUUUGCAUUAUGAUUUGUUGAUGAACUAAGUACAAAGAACAUGCUCAGCUACAAAGCAGAGGCGUGUUACAGAUGACCUAGGCAUGAAUAUUGUGACUUUUUCGUAUCAUGUAGUGAGUAGUGUCAGGAAGGAAAUACGUGCUUUUGUUGUAUAUGGAAUAGGAGGAGUAGAGUUUUCCUGCCUCUUCAGAUCUUAUCAGGGUUUAGCUGUACAUUUAUAUGUGGAUUGAUAAUUACUGUAUGCACAAACCUCAGAGAAUAUUUCUGCUUCUCUGAGUAGAAGAUGGUUACCCUAAUGGGUCUCAGGUUCACCUUGCAGCAGCGUACCCAGUACGAUUCCCCACAUGCAGGUUUGUGAAGUCCAUUCGUGAGAUCCAGUGCUCAUUGUUGCGGUAUUGCUUGUAGAGCAAACUACACUUCCACUCACCGUAGUCACUUAUGGGGAGCAAGUAGUUAAAGCUUUGUGAUGAGCAUGUUUGGGGUCACAACAUUAGAGUAAUAUGAGAGGUUUUGAAUAAGUACAAGUUAACCACAAAGGCCAAAAUGUCAAACUUGAUUCAUUAUUUAUAAGUGGUACAUGGAGGUAUGGCAGCUAAGGAGUAUAGCUUAAUUUCCAUUAUUAUCAGUAAAUGACAUUCUACAAUUGUUGUAUAAUUUGAGAAAACACAACAUGAUUUCACGGUCUGGGGAUCAUUAAGAUUAGCGGAUUCAUUCACUGAAGAACAAAUGGAUGGUUUGGUCACACUACCGACCCCGUUUUGAUUCAGCUGAUGAGUACAGUGUGUCUUUGAUUGCUCAUGUUGUCAAAUAUGAUAUCACUUGGGUGUUGAGAACAUGGAAUGCGAGACCCUGCUUACUCCAGAGGAGGAUUAGCGAUGGACGUGGUCAAGUAAUGUGUUCUGAUAAAGGGAGACAACUUACCACCCGGAGUUAAACCUUGUUUACAUGAGGCCCUUGUUAGACUUUGUUCCUCCUGAUAUGAACUGUGUCGCAUCAAGUGACUUGAGGUACUGGGGUGGGGUAGCCCAGUGGUUAAAGCAUUCGCUCGUCACGAUGAAGGCCCAGGUUUGAUUCCCCCAUGAGUACAAUGUGUGAAGCCCAUUUCUGGUGUCCCCUGCCAUGGUAUUGCUAGAAUAUUGCUAAAAGCAGCAUAAAACGCAACUCACUCACUCGAGGUACUGUAUUUGGCAUAUUCAGGUCCAAACCAGCUUCUAUAUUAGUUUAUAACUGAUCUUUGUGAGCACGGCAAACAAAGGUGGUAAAUUUACGAGACUUUUCGAGAUUUACAAAAAUCACAGAAAUAUUGAAAGGAUAUGUCAUGGCCUUUUAACCAUUCUAAAGAUGUAGUAGGUUCAUAGAUGUUUGAACUAAGGGUGUUUCCAUUGCUCCAUCUCUAACUGCAAAGUUAGCUUCAGAUGGUCAGGCUCGCUGACUAGUUGACAACAUGUCAUCGCAUCCCAACAGUGUAAAUCGAUGCUCAUGCUGUUGAUCACUGGGUUGUCUGGUCCAGACUCGAUUAUUUACAGACCGCCACCAUAUAGCUGGAAUAUUGCUGAGUGUGGCAUUGAACAAUAAACAAAGAAAAACAAAGUUAGCUGGUAGGGUUCUGUAUGUUUUGUCACUUUAUUUAAAAUCAACCAUUUCUGGUGUCCCCUGCAGUGAUAUUGCUGGAAUAUUGCUAAAAGCGACGUAAAACCAUACUCACUCACUCAUUUAGAAUCAAUAUUCAUGCAGAUUUGUUUGCUAAGUAUUCCAGCAUUGAGAGUUGUAAAACAGAUUAUUUGUAACAUAGGGGCAAAAUACCUGUGAUUAGCAGAAUACCUGUGAUUAUAUAAAAAUGUGACGAGUACAGUUUCUGUGGGUUGUUUUGUUAUCAGUUUCAACAAAAUAUCACUAAAGAGGAGUUAAGAAACAAGGUGCUGAGUGGAGACAGCAACAUUUGAAAAAUAUAUGUUAAUACUUGUGUCACACAAGAAACUUGAAAUACACAGGUUCACACCAAAGAAAUAUUAUCAACCAUGCCAUAGCAUCUAGAUUACUUGUGCCAUGUUUGAUGUUCCACUCGACAUUAUUAUUUGUUGUUCUGUAUUUAUGAUUUGUACACGAACAAUCGUUUGUGAGAUAAAUCUGUUUCUCAUGGUGCCAGUAUAUGUAAUACAUGAAUGGUCAUGUUGUGAGCUAUUCAUAUUUUUGUGUAACAUUUAAUCACACAGUCAAUCAUGAGUUACCUUUAAGCAUAGCAAAGAGAUGAGAAAUUGAUAUUACCUAUCAGUUGGUUUUGUCAAUACAAAUAGUUUCUGGAUAUCAUAAUAUUUCACUUAUAACAGUGUUAAAGUGUGUUUAAUUUGAGGUACUCGGGAUAACUUAAAUGUAUUAGAAAUACUUGUUAGGAAAUUAGUACUUCACUUAGCUUGAGGGAAACUGAAAACUAGCUCCGUUAGGUUCUUGGUGCAAGCACUAUACAUGGGCAUUUAGCAUAGGCGAUUUGUUGAUCUUUGAAUUUGUUUCAGAAUAUAAAGCAUUCAUUUAUUAGGGUUUGUAGUCAUCAAUGAGAUUACUAACUAAUUUUCUGAAUGGCCUGACAGAAUAAAUGGCAACUGAAUAUGUUUGUGUAAUUUGUGAAUUCCUUACAUUUAAGCUGAUGAAUCUCACGAGUAAUGCUAUCUCAUAUUCUCUCAAAGAAAAAAACCCAAUAGUUUAUUUUAGGUGAUCUAAUGAAAGAUAUUUGUUUUGUUUGUUUUCAAAUCCUGUCUUUUCCAUAUCAAGUUUAUUGUCUGAGUUAGGUCAGAGUGUUUUGAUACCCAGUGGAAGAAGCAGGUGGCCAUAUUGGUAAUUCAGGCUGAUUCCCUUUGUAUGAGCACGAUGUUAAACCCAAUUUCACCUCACCUCACCCUUUGUAUGACACCAAGCCAUGAAUAAAUAAUAAUUUAUGACCUUUUGGUUUGGUGAGAAUAUUAAUUGAAAUUAGUGAUUUAUAAUGUAUGAUGUGAAACAAUUAUUUGUAUAAUCAUGAGGACUUAACUACUUUUAAUA